CUCUUUCAAACCAGUGUAUUCUAAACUUAUAAAUAUAAAGCUGAUGAAAGAAUGCAAUAAAGAUAGAUUUUACUUCCAUCUGAUUUUUAUGAUUCAAUCUCACUGAUCCAAAAUUUGCUCACAAGGCCAGCUACAACUAGUCCGCCGCAUAGUGCUCAGUUAUCUGAACUUUGUUGCAAAAAUGGAGACUCCAUUCUUCUAUUCCUGUCUUUCGAAUCUAAAUACCUCUACUUUCAAUUCAAUGGAAGUCCUUAAAACUCGUGCUCAAGAGAUAAAAGAAGAAAUUAUAGAAGAAAAAAAGAGAAAAAGAGAAAAAGAGAAAAAGAGAAAAAGAGAAAAAGAGAAAAAGAGAAAAAGAGAAAAAGAGAAAAAGAGAAAAAGAGAAAAAGAGAAAAAGAGAAAAAGAGAAAAUAACGAAGAGCACCACAGAGAUGAGACCAAGGGUGAAAAGAUCCUCAGAGACCUCCUGAAAAAUCUAGGGGGCAUCCCUGAGAGCUCUGGCUUUUUAGAACCCAUUCAUAAGGUCUAUGUUCUGACUAAAGAUCUUGACUAUAUGUCACUUAAUAUGCUUUUGAUGACUUUGAUAGCUUCUAAUAAUCUACAAUAUGAUUUGAAUGUCAAUUCACUUGUGAGAAAGAACAAGAACUCAAAUAUAGACGGACCUUGUUUCGUUAUGGGGUUGAUCACGAUCUUCAAGCAGUUCCAUAACUCACAUUUUAAGAAAUACCUAGUGUAUAUGUCACACUACAUAAAGUCUUCAAUCGAAGUCUCCAAAGACAAAGGAUCUCUCCAAAAGCAAGGGUGCUACCCUGAAGAUGUUACUACUCUGUUUGGCAUCCUUGAAGAAAUUCUCAGAUUUGGUAAAUAUGACAGAGAAGUUAUUAAGCAAGUUAUGGAAGUCAACUUCCUUUUCGAUAAUUUCAAGAGCAUUCCAGGAAGGUCUCAUAAAAAGUAGAUCAUUCAAUAUAGAAACGGAC